GUCGCAAAUUCCCUUUAAUUAACAAAAAAAAAAGUUUACGAUUUCCAUUAGACCCAGAGUGUUGUGACUUUUGAGAGCCCUUUUUCAUCUCUUGUGCAACCAACCUAUCGACAGUUUCACCUUCUGGGUAACAGGGAUUCUUCCCAUGGCGUUCGAAGCAUUUCCUCCUUUAAUCGCUGCUCAGCUUCACUACUUACUCAACCACUCUCCCGAUUCCAUCAAGAUCGAAAAUGUGCGGUCGGGUAACAGGUUCAAUCCCAGAAUCCUCGAUCGUUUUACUUUGGUCAUACCGUAUUGUCUGGACACGAUCAAAUGGGAUGUUAUUUACAAUUCAGAGUAUCCAGCAGCUCCUCCUGAUUUCAUAUUUGGGCCAGACGAUGAGGAUUUUAUGCCUUGUAGCAGCAGCACUGUUGAUUCAUUACUAGACAAGGCUUUGUCUGAGUGGAACAACCAGGACUCGACACUCCUACUUGUUCUCAUUCAAGGAUUGAGGGAUCAAUAUGUGGCCUACCAACGAAAGCGAGUGGGUCAAGUUGAUGAUGAUCGUGUCAAGUUUGAAAUUAGCACGGUUAUAACUCGCAAGGGAAUUGAAAUGCAAAUGACUUCAGGAGCUGACAAGCCAGAGGAAGUCAAGUUUGCAGUACCUCUUGUGAUGGAUAUGAGCAUAAACAAACUUCUUGUUGGGUGCCCCUGGAAGAAUGAGCAGAAAAUUUAUCUUCAGGUGGUAUACCCGAUUCUUCGAAAGUAUGAAUCAGCACCUUCGUCACCUCGUCUGAAAUUAGUAUCAUCUUCUGAUUUAAAAGCGCUUUUCUCUGUUGAGGAUGUUAAACUUCCUCCAUGGAUGGAUGGGAUGUGCUUAGCUGAAUAUCUUCCCCAUCUCGAAGAAACCCUUGAGAGACAAAUCCUGGAAGCUGUUUCUGCAAUUGCUUUAAGGAGGAGUUUUGUUGAGGCAUUGACUCUUUUUCUUGGAAGACCUCUUGAAGCGGAUCCUACCUUUUGCCGUAAGGCAUCUUUCCUUGCUGCCUCGGGACCAUUUCCAUUCGUGGUUCACUUCUUCUUUCCAACUCAAUUUCCAAAGCAGCAACCAGCUCUAAUGCUCCAAAGUUGCCAGCAUUUAAACCAAUUGAGCGAGCCGGUAAAAUUAAACCUCCUCACCGACUACCCAUGGAGUCCUAGGUGGGAAGUGGGGCGCAUGGCUGAACGAUUGUGUGACUUCCUAACCGAUGAAGCUGUCAACUUCAAAAAAUACUGUAACGAAGCUCUGCUCCAACAUUAGAGUCUCUAAACUGAGCUCCUUUUUUCUCUUAGAAUGUUAUGUUAUAUUUCUCCUGUUAUGUUAAGUUUAGUGGAAUCCUUUUUGUACUUUCAUGAAAAUAUUGAAUGACAACUGAAACCGUUUCUUCUCAA